UGACUCUAUUAUAAUUAUUAAAUUUAAAACAUUGUUAUGAUAAAUCUGACACUGUGUAUUGAAAUUUGUUCUAGAUGUGUAGAAGAAUUAGAGCUAAAACUUACAAAGGCUAAUGAAAAUGCAAGUGUUCUGCAGAAAAAUAUUGGGGAAGUAACUCUUAAGGCUGAACAGAGCCAGCAGGAAGCAGCUAAAAAGCACCAGGAAGAAAAGAGAGAACUAGAGGAAAAACUGUUGGACAUGGAAAAGAAGAUGGAAAUGAACCACAACCAGUGUCAGGAUCUGAAAGCCAGGUUUGAAAAAGCCAGUUCUGAGACAAAAACUAAGCAUGAAGAAAUCCUACAGAACCUACAGAAGAUACUGUUGGAGACGGAGGAGAAGCUGAGGGCUGCCCAGGACGAGAACAGAGACUUGAUGCAAAAGAUGGAAGAACUAAAAACACAAGCUGACAAAGCCAAAGCUGCUCAGACUGCAGAAGAUGCCAUGCAGAUGAUGGAACAGAUGACCAAAGAGAAGACCGAAACUCUGGCCUCCUUGGAGGACACCAAGCAAACAAAUGCAAAACUGCAGACCGAAUUGGACACACUAAAAGAAAACAACUUGAAAAAUGUGGAAGAGCUGAACAAAUCAAAAGAACUUCUGACUGUAGAAAAUCAGAAAAUGGAAGAAUUCAGGAAAGAAAUAGAAACCCUAAAGCAGGCAGCAGCUCAGAAGUCCCAGCAGCUUUCAGCAUUGCAAGAAGAGAACGUCAAACUUGCUGAGGAACUGGGGAGAAGCAGGGACGAAGUCACAAGUCAUCAAAAG